GAAAUAAAUCCAGAUUCCAUUCUCCGUUUUCUAGCAAAACCUAAUUCAAUCCAGUACUGCAAAAAAACCUAGGGUUUCAAUCCCGUACUUCAUCAUCUUCUUCUCCUCCUCGUCUCAGUUCCGCGGCGCAUUCUGGUUCCGUAGCCGAAGAUUCGCUACUUUCUAUCCACCUUGCCGGUUUUGGGAAUUUGAUUCCUCUUCUCAGGUUUAGUAUGCAUAACUGGUCAAACCUCAUGCCAACCAGUGUCCAUCCUCCCCGCCUCUGAAGCAAGUCUCAACGCUCGCACCAAACUCGUCCAUGGUCGUCGUUGUCAAAUAGCAUACAGAGAAAGAAUCAAAGAGGACAAACCCUAAGAAGACUCAUUCCCAAAAUUCCAUUUUUCUGAUUACAAAACAGGAAAAGGGAAGAACUGGUGCCAGAUCUGAUGCCCGCAUGAGCCUCCGGCAGCGCACGACUCGCCCGGCUGGGGCCGGCGGGGCUGGGGGCAGAGGAUAUGGUGCUAGGGGAUACGGCGCAGCGGAGGGGGAGGAAGCCUAUAAUAUAAUACCCAUCCACAAUCUGCUCGCGGAGCAUCCAGCGCUUCGGUUCCCUGAGGUGCGUGCCGCCAUGGCCGCCCUCCGCACCGUUGGUGACCUUCGCAAGCCACAGUUCAUCCGGUGGCAGGAAGGAUACGACCUCCUUGACUGGCUUGGCUUCUUUUUCGGUUUCCAGCCCGACAACGUCCGCAACCAGCGCGAGCACCUAGUUCUCCUCCUCGCUAACGCGCAGAUGCGCCUCCAGCCGCCACCGGACAACAUCGAUGCCCUUGAACCCAACGUCGCUCGACGUCUCCGCCGCAAGCUUCUCAAAAACUAUACCGCGUGGUGCUCCUACCUUGGUCGGAAACCUAACGUCUGGAUCUCAGACAGACGCCGCUCCGCCACAGCUGCUUCCGACUACUCUCGCCGCGACCUCCUCUACACUGCCCUUUACCUCCUCAUCUGGGGCGAAGCUGCUAACCUCCGCUUCGUCCCUGAAUGCAUCUCCUACAUCUUCCACCACAUGGCCAUGGACCUCAACCGCAUCCUUGAGGAUUACAUCGAUGAAGCCACUGGUCGCCCCUCCACCCCGAAAAUUACCGGUGAGGAGGCCUUCCUCAACCAUGUAGUCAAGCCAAUCUACGCCACCAUUAAAGCCGAGGUUGACUCCAGCCGCAAUGGCACCGCACCCCACUCCGCCUGGCGCAACUAUGAUGACAUCAACGAGUACUUCUGGUCUCGCCAUUGCUUUGAGCGCCUUAAAUGGCCUCUCGAACUCUCCAAGAACUUCUUUGCCAUUCCUCCUGAUCGCAACCGAGUUCGAAAGACUGGCUUCGUCGAGCAGCGCUCAUUCUGGAACCUCUUCCGCAGUUUCGACCGUCUCUGGGUAAUGCUAAUCCUCUAUCUCCAGGCGGCCAUCAUCGUUGCCUGGGAAGGCAAAACCUAUCCUUGGCAAAAUCUGCAGAGCCGUGACGUCCAGGUCAGGACUCUAACUAUAUUUAUCACUUGGGCUGUUCUUCGCUUCUUCCAAUCCAUUUUGGAUGCCGGGACGCAAUACAGCCUUGUGCGCAGGGAGACUAUGUGGCUAGGAGUGAGGAUGGUGCUCAAGAGCGUUGUGGCUGCUGCUUGGACUGUGGUGUUUGGCAUUCUGUACGCCAGGGCUUGGGACCAGAAAAACAGAGACCGCAGAUGGUCUGCGGCAGCCAACCAGAGGCUGGUGAACUACUUGGAGGCCGCCGGAGUGUUUGUGCUGCCGGAGGUGAUGGCCCUUCUUCUCUUCAUACUGCCCUGGAUAAGGAACUUCCUUGAGAAGACAAACUGGAAGAUCUUUUAUGUGCUUACUUGGUGGUUUCAAAGCCGCACUUUUGUUGGUCGUGGCCUGAGAGAAGGGCUUGUUGACAACGUGAAAUACGCCCUGUUUUGGGUUCUUCUUCUAGCCGUGAAGUUCACCUUCAGCUACUUCCUUCAGAUCAAGCCAAUGGUCUCUCCAAGCAAAUCCAUUUACAAGCUUCAUGUUGUAGACUAUCAUUGGCAUGAGCUCUUUAGUCGGACCAACAGGUUUGCCGUUUUUCUCUUGUGGCUCCCGGUUGUACUGGUAUAUCUUAUGGAUAUUUCAAUCUGGUAUUCAAUUUUUUCAUCCCUUGUUGGAGCUCUGGUGGGGCUGUUCUCACACAUUGGCGAAAUCCGGAAUGUUCAGCAGCUAAGGCUGAGGUUUCAGUUCUUUGCAAGUGCGAUGCAGUUCAAUCUGAUGCCUGAGGAGCAACUCUUUCAUGAGAGGGGUACACUAAGGAGCAAGUUCAAAGAUGCGGUUUUACGCCUCAAGCUCCGAUAUGGGUUGGGGAGGCCUUACAAGAAGAUUGAAUCAAACCAGGUUGAAGCAACCAGGUUUGCGUUAAUAUGGAAUGAGAUUAUGGCUACGUUCAGGGAGGAGGAUAUCAUCAGUGACAGAGAGUUGGAACUUCUUGAGCUGCCCGCAAAUUCUUGGAACAUCAGGGUGAUUCGGUGGCCUUGCCUGUUACUCUGCAAUGAGCUUCUUCUGGCUCUUAACCAGGCGAAGGAACUGGUAGCGUCGGACCGUGGGCAUUGGAGAAAGAUAUGCAAAAAUGAGUACCGGCGAUGUGCGGUUGUGGAGGCUUAUGAUAGCGUCAAACACCUGCUGCUUGAGAUCAUCAAAGAGGAAACUGAGGAGCACAAAAUCAUUUCACACCUGUUCUUUGGGUUUGAUGAUGCCAUCGGCGUGGAGAAAUUGACUGCAGAGUAUAAAUUGGCAGUGUUGCCAGUUAUUCACACCAAGCUGAUCACCCUCCUCGAUCAACUGCUCAAACCAAAUAAGGAUCUAAACAAAAUAGUAAAUACAUUACAGACUUUAUAUGAUGUUGCCAUCCGUGAUUUUCCUACUACUAAGAGGAACAUGGAGCAGCUAAAGCAAGCAGGACUGGUGCCCACGAGACCAAAUGCAUCUGGUCUUCUUUUUGAGAAUGCUAUUGAAUUGCCUGUCGCAGAAGACACAAAUUUCUACAGGCAGGUGAGACGGUUGCACACUAUUCUUACUUCCAGGGAUUCCAUGAAUGAUGUGCCCAAGAACCUAGAGGCUCGGCGCCGAAUUUCCUUCUUCAGCAACUCCUUGUUCAUGAACAUGCCACGGGCUCCCCAAGUAGAGAAAAUGUUUGCCUUUAGUGUUCUUACCCCAUAUUAUAAUGAGGAUGUCUUGUUCAGUAAGGAGCAGCUUCGCACAGAGAAUGAAGAUGGCAUCUCGAUCUUAUUUUAUCUGCAAAAGAUUUAUGAUGAUGAAUGGGCUAACUUUUUAGAACGAAUGAGAGGAGAAGGAAUGGUGUAUGAGUCUGACAUAUGGGGUGAGAAGUUGAGGGAUCUUCGUCUUUGGGCCUCUAACAGGGGCCAGACUCUCAGUCGCACAGUCAGGGGAAUGAUGUACUACUACAAGGCUCUCAAGAUGCUUACUUUUCUUGAUUCUGCUUCUGAGAUUGACAUUAGGGAAGGAUCACGAGAACUUUCUUUACUUGGUUCUUCUCGGGAGACUGUUGCAGAUGGAUUAGGGGAUUCUUUUAGGUCUGUGUCAGCACGGAAUCUCAGCAGAGAAAGCAGUGGUGUGAGUCUAUUAUUCAAAGGCCAUGAGUAUGGAACAGCCCUCAUGAAGUAUACUUACGUUGUUGCCUGUCAGAUAUAUGGACAGCAGAAGGCAAAGAAAGACCCUCAUGCUGAAGAAAUUUUGUAUCUUAUGAAGAAUAAUGAAGCACUCAGGGUGGCCUAUGUUGAUGAAGUUUACACAGGGAGGGAGGAAGUGGAAUAUUAUUCUGUUCUUGUUAAAUAUGACCAGCAGUUGCAGAAAGAGGUAGAGAUCUACCGGGUCAAGUUGCCUGGACCAUUGAAGCUUGGUGAGGGCAAGCCAGAGAACCAGAACCAUGCCCUCAUUUUCACAAGAGGUGAUGCAGUGCAGACUAUAGAUAUGAACCAAGACAAUUACUUUGAAGAGGCUCUCAAGAUGAGAAAUUUGUUGGAAGAAUACACACAUAACUAUGGUUCAAGAAAGCCAACCAUUUUAGGUGUCCGGGAGCAUGUUUUUACUGGUUCUGUCUCUUCACUUGCUUGGUUCAUGUCUGCACAGGAAACUAGCUUCGUCACCCUUGGACAGCGGGUCCUAGCAAAUCCUCUGAAAGUGAGGAUGCACUAUGGACACCCAGAUGUUUUUGAUCGGCUCUGGUUUUUGGGUCGUGGCGGUAUUAGCAAGGCUUCCAGAGUCAUCAACAUCAGUGAGGAUAUAUUUGCAGGCUUUAACUGCACAUUGCGAGGUGGUAAUGUAACUCAUCAUGAGUAUAUCCAGGUUGGCAAGGGACGCGAUGUUGGCCUGAAUCAGAUUUCGAUGUUCGAGGCUAAGGUCGCUAGUGGCAAUGGAGAGCAGGCUUUAAGCAGGGAUGUCUAUAGACUUGGCCAUAGGUUGGACUUUUUUAGGAUGCUUUCCUUUUAUUACACGACCGUUGGAUUUUACUUCAAUACCAUGUUGGUCGUCCUAACCGUAUAUUCUUUUGUAUGGGGACGCCUUUACCUGGCUCUUAGUGGGCUUGAGGCUGCCAUAAAGAACAGCGCCGACUCGACAAGCAAUACUGCACUUGGUACAGUUCUGAAUCAGCAGUUCAUUAUUCAGCUGGGUAUUUUCACAGCCUUGCCAAUGAUUGUAGAAAACUCACUUGAGCAUGGAUUCCUUGGGGCGGUUUGGGAUUUUCUGACCAUGCAGAUUCAGCUUGCAUCUGUUUUUUACACCUUCUCCAUGGGAACUAAAACUCAUUAUUUUGGGCGGACAAUCCUUCACGGAGGUGCAAAAUAUAGAGCAACUGGGCGCGGCUUUGUUGUGCAGCACAAGAGUUUUUGUGAGAACUACAGGCUUUAUGCACGGAGCCAUUUUAUUAAGGCUAUAGAGCUUGGUGUUGUGCUAACAUUGUAUGCAUCAUAUAGUGCCAUUGCGAAGAACACUAUUGUUUACAUUGUGAUGACAAUCUCUUCAUGGUUUCUGGUGGUGUCAUGGAUAAUGGCUCCUUUUGCUUUCAACCCUUCUGGUUUUGACUGGUUGAAGACUGUUGAUGACUUCGAUGAUUUUGUGAAUUGGAUAUGGUACCGUGGUGGGAUAUUUGCGAAAUCGGAGCAAAGUUGGGAAAUGUGGUGGGAGGAAGAACAAGAUCAUUUGCGCACAACUGGACUUUGGGGAAAAUUAUUGGAGAUAGUUCUUGAUCUACGGUUCUUUUUUUUCCAGUAUGGCAUCGUCUUUCAGCUUAAUAUUGCCAAUAAUAGCAAAAGCAUUAUUGUUUACUUUCUCUCAUGGAUCUAUGUGCUAGUUGCUUUUGGAGUUUUCUUGAUAAUGGGCUAUGCUCGAGAUAAAUAUGCAGCAAAGGAGCAUGUCUAUUAUAGGACCGUCCAAGCUUUGAUCAUCACUCUUGCUAUUUUGGUGAUUGUUAUAUUUCUCAAGUUCACCGAGUUUGGUAUCGUUGAUAUUUUUACUAGUCUUUUAGCAUUAAUUCCAACUGGUUGGGGCAUGAUUUUGAUAGCUCAAGUGAUGAAACCGCUCAUUAAGACCACUGUGGUCUGGGAUACUGUUGUUGCUGUGGCUCGGCUGUAUGAUAUGAUGUUUGGAGUCAUUGUUAUGGCUCCCGUUGCACUAUUGUCGUGGUUACCUGGCUUCCAGGCAAUGCAGACAAGGAUUCUCUUCAAUGAAGCAUUCAGCAGGGGUCUUCAAAUAUCUCGCAUCAUUACCGGAAAGAAAUCUAAUUUUGAUUUGUAAAACAUGGUUCGGUGCAAUUUUUGCUAGUCUGAUUGAGGUGGUCUCGUGGCUUUGUGUAUAGCUCUGCUGGCUCAGGGUUGGUUUCUUUCUGUCUAUUCAGUUUUUUUCUUACUCUCCCCUAUCUCUGGAUUAUUGAUAUAUUUCACUCUCAGUUGAUUUUGUGCUAUCCCUUUGAUAUUCUUGUAGUUUUCAUGUAAUUAUCUGAGCACUAAUCCGAAAUCCGAUAUUCUUCAUCAGUUUAUUUUUUAA